CUUUGUGGUGGUUCGAUUGUUGUUAGAAACAACUGUGAUGACGUGAGGCGACAUUACCAACUAAUAACUUGCUGUAAAAUAAAACUCAAAGAUCUCACAAUCAUGCCUUCGUUGUGUUAUAUUCUGUUUCCAAUAAUUGUAAUAAUGGGAUUGCUGAGAAAAUGCCGUGAGCGUACUUGGGGAAGAUGCAAAGACACGAGUAGCUUACAGGGAAAAGUUUUCCUGGUGACCGGUGCUAAUUCUGGCAUUGGUAAGGAAACUGUUCGUGAACUCGCCAGAAGGCAAGCUCGUGUUAUUUUGGCAUGUAGAGACAUGGACAAUGCACGUAAUGCUAUUUCGGAAAUACGUAAGGAUGUAUCCACUGGUGAAAUGAUUCCCAUGGAAUUGGAUCUGGCUUCUUUGGUCUCAAUACGCAAAUUUGCUCAACAAGUACUUAAUGACUUUCCAGAAAUUCAUUGCUUAAUAAAUAAUGCCGGAGUUUAUGUACCAUUAAAAAACAGCUCGAUGACAAGAGAUGGUUUUGAAAUUCAUUUUGGUGUUAAUCAUUUAGGACACUUUUUAUUAACUAAUUUACUUUUGGACAGGCUUAAAGUUUCAGCACCCAGCAGGGUUGUAAUUGUUACAUCAAAAUUGUUAUCCGGAGUAAUUGACUUUUCGAAUUUAAAUGGUGAAAAAGGGCUACCUGCAAAAGGCCGUAUGAAUCCUGGGUACGUUAAUUCGAAAUUAGCCAAUGUAUACUUUGGUAAAGAAUUAGCUAAGCGCUUACAAGAUUCAGGCGUCAAUGUUUAUAUGGUUUGUCCUGGAUUUGCUUACACUGGACUGUUUCGAAAUGUAAAACGCAGUUGGUUCCAUUACAUAUUAUUUUCGCCAGUCGCUCUCCUAUUUUUACGUACUGCUCAUCAGGGCGCACAAACAGUUUUACACUGCGCAACAGAUGCUUCCUUGUCUGAAGAAUCAGGACUUAUUUACCGUGACUGCAAAACUUAUGAUUCAAAGGUAGAAUUCAAGGAUGAUGUUGCCGAAAACUUGUGGGCCGUGAGUGCCAGUCUUGUGGGAGUUAAUACUAUUAAAUAG